UUACUUUAAGAUUAUUUCUGCAGUUCUGACGUGAGCUAGCUUUAUUUAAUAAUAUCAAAAUCUAAAUACAACACCGUGUUUACAUCCGUGAACCUUGGCAAAAAUAGUACUUUAUCGCAGCGCGACAGUCUGGCAACUCAGCAUAUUUUUCGAGACGCAGAACGCAAGAUAUUUCUUAUCUCCGUUAAAAAAUGGAUUAUUCCAUUUCAAUCGGUGCCUAUCUCAUUGGAAAAUCGCACACUAGUUGGCAGUAGAGCACGCCACGCACUUUCCACGCACCAGGCCAGACCACCGACCCCCGCCCGAGGGGAAAAUGGGAAAGCAACAUUAUCUGGCAUCCGUAUCUUCGUCAAAAUGUUAGUUAUCGACUCCGCAAUCUCCGUCUCCUAAAGCUCGCACGCACACAAACGUACCACACGCGCCAGCUGCGUAACCUUCCAGCAGGAAGUGGCUGUAAUCUCGGCCAGGAACCACAACAAAAGCGCGAGUUACAGGAAAAAAGCAGCAGCAGGCAGGAGGGAAACGGAGGCGCCGUUGCCACUAGCACCUAACAUGUCCGAGAAGCAUGGCCAGCUGGGUGCGCAGUGGACGAAAUCAGCGGCGCCAGCAGCACAAGCCUCCACCACCAUCCCCGUGCAAGUCCCGAUUCCACUUCCGAUCCCAGUUCCAGUUCCCCUUCAAAAGGCACACCCAAAUCCCUACGGCAACUGCAAUCUACAGCCAACGGAUAUCACCUACACCGCCGCGCGAUUCCAGACGCCCGUUAUCCAUGCCAAGGCAUCGCCUCUGACGAUAACACCCGUGGGCAGCGGAGGAGCAGUGCCUGCUGGCUCCCAGAUCUCACCCACGAGCCACACCCAUGUACCUGUACCUGUAGCCACGCCCAGCGGCUUUGUUCCGCCUCCGUUUCCCAAUGCCGGCACUGGAGCCACCUCCGUGCUCACACCAAAUCCCUUUGUCGCCGCUGCCGGGAACGCUGCUGCCGGACUGGCCUUCGCCAAUGCCUUAUCCUUUAACACAGCUCAGCAAUUAGGUCUGGGAAAGAUCAUGCACGUCGUGGGAGGAACGCCACCAGCUGGAACAGUACCAGCAACAACAGCACCAGGAGUCCCUGCAGCUUCGCCCUCAGUUCCAGCAAUAGCAGGUCAAAGGCAUUCGAACGAGGCUGGACCAGCGGCCAGUGGGGUAAUUAAUUCCACCAUUGCCGAAAACGUGAUGAAUGCCUUGACUAACUCCCAGUCGGCGACGGCUGGAGGAGCUCCGGUGCCCAGUGAGGAGAAAAUGCGACGUGUGCAGCAAGUCAUUGAGUCCAGUUUGGACGACGCGGCCAAGCUGCAGAUCUCGCAGAUCCUGGAGCGUGUCUCCGUAUUGAAGCCCAUCGAGAAGCUAUUCCUAUACCUUCGCUUGCCCGGCGAAUGCGCUGAUACAGAUCCCCUGAGGCAGCCACAGAAUCCGUUGGGAACGCGCUCUGAGAUUAAUCACACCAUCAAUUGGGUGCGUUCCCACCUGGAGCACGAUGCACAGGUGUCCAUACCCAAGCAGGACGUGUACAACGAUUACAUAGCUUAUUGCGAACGCCUAAGCAUCAAGCCCCUGUCGACAGCAGAUUUUGGCAAGGUUAUGAAGCAAGUCUUUCCGGGCGUACGCCCCCGGAGAUUAGGAACGCGAGGUAACUCCCGCUACUGCUAUGCGGCCAUGCGGAAGACUACUAAGCUGACGCCGCCUCAGUUGCCGCAACUGAACAAGAGCGACAAAGGUCUCGCUGAUGAUCCUUCGGCUGACUCCAAGCAGUUGACAGUUAGCCCCAAUAUGGUUGGAUUACAGCCUACUACAGGAGGAGGGGACUCUGAAUGUUGGGAUGUGGUGCGAGGUUGGGCGGAGAAAUUGCUAAACACCAAGCUGGAGAGUGUGGCAGACUUGAGUAGCCGCAUCAGAAGCAACAAUGCCACAGUUUCGACCAAGAAAUAUGCACCGCGAGAGCCCAAGGAUAAGAGGGUUCUAACCGACAUUGGACCACUGAAGAAAAGACGCAAAAAGAAACGCAAAGGCUCAACAUCCUCGGAAUCCAGCUGCAAUCAAAUGGCCACUGGGCAGGAUGCGGGCAGUAGUCAGGAUGCCAGCGACGAACAGUUACUCAAGAUCAAGCAGGAGAUCAUAGACUCACCCAUUCAGCACCAUCAGCAGCAACAGCAAGUACCCCUGGCCUACCUGCAGCAGGUGACGCCCAUGAAUUUGGCCACAGACCAGCGAACCAGCAGUGCUGUGCGCAACCUUACGCCCAAAAUCAUGGAGAUGGGCACGCCGUCCGUCGUGCUGUCCCAGCAGGAGGAGCCGUCGCCCACGGGGCUAGUGAUCAAGGACGAGGUGGAGGACUACACAUCGAACAUAUUCUGCAAGAAAGUUUUAAAAGCGCAGCAGACGAAAGGUUUCUGGGCCAAUUCACCAAGCAGCGGGACAACAGGAAGCGGUGGCGGCCUCCUAGUGCCUCCAACAAUCACCACUACCUCGGCGACGCCACCUCCGCCGAAUUCGGGUAAUUCUCCAGUUCCCGGUCCUGGCCCCGGACUCUCCAUGGGUCCACCCUCACAGAUGAUGAUCGUCAAUUCGGUAAGUCCAUCAAGCAGCAUGGACGCCACACCCAAAGUGGCCUCCCGCAAUCAGAUGAUGAUCCUAAGAGCAAAGCGCUUGAUGGCUGCGGAAAAUGCCGCCGUUGCAGCGGCCGCCGAAGACUCUGGACUGCCGGAGAACUUGGGAUUGCCCAGGGAGCGAGUGAUCAGCAUAUGCAACAUGGAUAAGCAUGAGCUGGAUGACUAUUUCCUGCCCGGCGAGGAUGAGGAAAACUCCGAGGAGCCCGACAACGAGCUACUCCAAUAUUUUCAGAUGGGAGACGCUGAGGAAAAACAACUAAAUUCCUUGGAUGCUGCAGAACCAAAUAGGAAUCCACAAGAGCCAACGUCGAUGGGCUCUGCGCCGGAGGCGAUGCCCGCUCCUGGCAGCGGAGCAGCAGCCGUCGUCGCCGCAGCAGCAGCGAUGUUGGCGCCGAUACCGGCGCCUUCUAUGCUGCCCGGUCAGGCGGGAGUGGGUUCUGCCUCAGCGUCUCUGGCCUUAAUGUCAAAAAAGCAUCAGCAGCAGCAGGAGAAGCAGCAGCAAUCCAAGCCGCUGCCCAGCAUUAUCAACAACAACAAGCGAAAGAUCAGCCUGAGCAAUGCAUCCAGCAACGGUAGCAACAAGAACCAUUUCUUACCAAUUUCGCCGAAUAUCAAUGGGUCCAACGGAGCUGUAACGAGUGCAUCCACUCCGGCAUCGGCCCCACCAUCGGCAAAUUCCAGCCAGAAUUGUUUUGCAAGCCCGGGCGUGACUCGGAUGAAACAGCGAUCAAGUUUGCUCAGCAAACAACAAUCCUUGGACUGUGACAACCGUGAUCCCAUGAUUGGAGCCCAUCGCAAGGGGCGUGGCUAUGUGUACAGCUAUCCAACAAGCACGUCGGCCUCCGCACCCCCAAGUCCGUCGCUCCUUCAGCAAUGGAUGGGCCCCAGUUGGUCGUUUAGUGGCGUCGGCAAUACGUGCAGUUUCACGGACAGCAGUCAGAGCGCCGAUCCACUGGUUAACCAGAACUCAAUGGAUCUGGAGACUAGUCUAGCGCUGACGGGUCCCAAUGAUCUAGAUUCAUCGGAGAUGCAGCGCUCGCAGUCAGUGCCCUUGUCCCAGCUACAGAGAAGGUGCAGCCAGCAGUCGCCCAGCCUGAAUUUCUACUCGGAGAACAGCAACAGCCAGCAGUCGGCUCCGCUAAAGGAUACAGGUUUGCUCUACGAAGACGUUGAUGUUAGCGCGCUGAUCUCGCCCAAUUUCAAUCACAAGUUCAGCAGCAUGACACAGCAAACGGCAACGACGUGCAGCUCCUCGGCGGGCUCGUCGUCGGGUUACAGCAGCGGCGGCUCCGCGGGAAUAGUUUCGCGAUCGGUGCCCUCCACUCCCCUGCCCCAUCAGCAGCAAAGCAGUCUAACAUCAAUGAAUGGGAGUGGGACGACAGCCAACGGAGCAGGUGCAGGAAGAGCAGGAAAUGGAAAUGGUGCAGGUUGCGGAGUAGAGAAUGGCUUCUUUAACAUCUCGCCCUCGUUUAAUUGGGGCAAAGCCUCGACCGGAAAUGGAAACCAUUUGGCUUACGGCCCGCACACUUACGGGUCCCGGAAUCCGCUGGAUAUAUCCAAGUCUAUGCCCACAACGCCUAUUGCUAAUCAAUGUUUCCGCUACAGUCCCGCUGAGAUGCACCGCGACUUCCUUAUCAACGGCAACACCAUAGACAGUUUACCCUCGUCGUCGGCCUAUGGAGCGGGCAUGGUGGCCACAGAUCCUGGGCUGGGCCUCAGCUCGGACACCCUGAUCGAUGAUAGUGCUCCCAGCAGCGCCGAUGUGGUCGAAGCAAUGAUUGGUGUCGAAAACAUACUCGAUGACUUUUAGAAUUUGCAUGAAGAGGAAGCUCAGGAGAUCGUAUUGCCCCAGCGACAAGAGUUGGAUGCGGAUAAGGAGGAUGGGGAGAAAGAGGAGGCUCAAUCGGCUGCAGAGAAGGAUGCCAAUGUGGUGGCCUGUCUGUUGCAGCAUGUGGACCAGUUGUAGAGCCACCCGUCCUCUUGCAAUCCGCCUCCAUUUCUCGCCGCUUUUACAUAAUUCAUUUGUUGUUGUGUUCACUCCCCGUCUAGUUAGUUUUUAGUGUACAAUUGAUCCUGUUCUUUUUGAAAAAAAGAGAUAUUUAAAUUUAAUGUUAAACCGCGGAAAUCGAGACAGCCUCUUAGACAAAAAUAGCAGGAUCAGCAUCCCCCAAUUAACCUCCUCCUCCACAAAUGAGCUUUCUCUUCAUGUCACUCGCAAGCUAAAAAUCCAACAAGAUCCUAUCUUCCCUCUGUCUAAUCUAACGUUAACUAAUCACCAGUUUAACCAUAGCCUCCAAUUGGUUUCAUUCAGCAUCGGAAGUACAUAUCUGUGCUUCAGUCGACUUUUAUAACCUAAUCGUAACCCUCAGGCCCUCGUUGUAUGAGCAUAUGCACUUGGCAUAUUGUUAUUAUCACUAAAAAUUUAACAUUAACACGAUGACGAUGAUGGCGUCGGAAUGUAGUUGCAUAGUUUUACAAGUUGAACAACCUUACAAAUGAAACGAACUUAAAGUCUGAAUGAAGGAAACGUGUGCAGCGGUUUUAAAAACGAAAACAAAUUUACAAAAUUGUAACUGUAAAUGUAUGUAGUACAUCUAUCUAUAUAUAGAACUAUAGAUCUAAACCUCGGCGCUGGACGAGUUUGCUUUCCUGCGACCCUCGAUUGUAAUGCAUAUUUAAUGUAUAGCUCCAUUUCUAAGGAGCUUUUCCCUGUCGAUUUUACGAAGGGGUUGCAGCAAAGUUGCAGUCUCUGUUCAAUAAUUGUCAAAUUUUAUUGUGUGUUUGUAUGGUGUUGUAAGAAAGGCAUUGAGAAUAGCGAGCUUUGUCAAUUGUUCAUCCAUUUGUUGGCCUUCUGGGCGUGGUUUUUUUGCUUUUACUAACACAACCCCGAUCUAAAUCUUCUGUUACUAUCUUUAAACUUUUCACUUGUCUAUCCUAAAGGCUUGGAUUUUUCAAUUAGCUGUAAGUGUUUGAUUGUUAUACCUGUUUAUUAUUUUUUGUUUAAUUCGCGCUCGGUCGUCUGGAUCUGCGUUUAUUACUUUAGUUAAGCUAUCACUGGAUAUUGUAAGCGUUGUCUGUAAUUCAAGUUUUCUAUCGGUUGCCUGAAAUUCUAGUUGUAAUGUCGUUUCUUGUGCCCAGUUUAGCAGAGUCUGUAAGUUCUGUUUAAUUGUCUUGAACCGAGCUUAGCUUUAAUCACUUUGAUAUAAAAUAAUUCACAUUGCAAAUGAAUGUUAGUUUGUUUGUAAAACAAAGUAAAACACAAGCCCAUACCACUUCCGUUCUAACACACACAAAAUUCAGCUCCUGUGUGAGCAAAAACGCGUUUUAAAAAAGAAUGUUAAGAAAAUAAAUCAUAAAUGUGCCUCAGGCUUUAUUGUAAAACAAUUAA